AUGAAUACGAAAAACAAAAGAAGUAUCAGCAGUAUAAAGAAAAAUAGACCAGCCAUAUACAAGUUAAUACUCUUUUUCUAUAUAUACGCAUACACUACGGCUACAUUAGAUGAUAUAACCCGAAUGAACCCAGAUAAUAAUGACCAGAUGGAGACUUCAAAAAACCAAAAUAAUUUUGAAAGAAACCCUUCACUGGAUACUUCUUUAAAAAGCACUUCUGAACAGAAUAGCACUGAAUUCUCAAAUUCAGAUCAACAAUCAUACGAGUGGGAUUAUCCUUUCAAUGGACUUUUUGUAUUACAGGAAGAUAAUACAGAACUAGUUGGUUUAAAUCCAUUAUUAAAGAAUGAGCUUAAUUUAAAAUUAGAAAACAUAUUCAAACAGUUAGACUUGUUGAAUGGAGAUAUCCAGAAGGAGUAUUUUAAGCUUUUUGAGAUUAGAAAGAAAAUAGAAAGACUAUAUAAGCUGGUAGAUGAAAGAGUAAUAGAAGAGCAAAUACUUCUUACAAAUUUAAAAAUAGCAAAAGAGAAGUACUCUAAAGGCUUUAAAGAGGAAUAA